AUAUGUCCCCUCAUCUAUUCCCCUCUCCCUCACCCUCCGUUUCCUCCCUCUUUCUCUCUCUCGCGGAGUGAGAGAAAGAAACCCUAGCCGGAUCCGCCGGCGCUUCGAGGAUGAAGAAAUUGAUCAGACGGCUGGCGAAGGUGAUGGAUUCCUCGCAGUACGAGCCGCUUGAUGCGGCGAAUAAGAGGGUUCGCAGGCGGGUGCGCGUGCCGGUGGGUCACGUUCCGGUAUUCGUCGGCGAAGAGAUGGAGCGUUUUACGGUUAGAGCGGAGCUCCUCGGCAGGCCGGCGUUCGUAGAGCUUCUCCGGAGAUCGGCGAUGGAGUACGGUUACGAUCAGGUUGGUGUUCUGCGGAUCCCGUGCUCGGCUCACCUCUUCCGUCUCCUCCUUCAAACAGCCGACGCCGAUAUCUAGGGUUUGGGGCUUCAGGCUGGAUUGCCCGAUUUAAUUUUCUACUACCUAUCAAUCUCUAUGUUUCUCAUGGUAUUGAGGUAUCGGCCCAAUGUCUUCUUCAAUCCGCACCUACUUUGACCGCAUGGAGACGCUCUCAUGGUUUUUUUUUUUAUUUUUUUAAUGUGUUUCCCGUUUAGCCAUGUUUACUGCUGGUUGAAGGGCUUAACAGUGGAAAUGAUUUGAGGGUAGAUUUGUAAUCUUUUUUUUCACUUUUUUUUUACUUAGUUUGGGAAAAUGUUUCAAGGAAGGUGUUGUAUAGAAGGAAUUUCGUGGAAAGGAAUAUGAUUACGAUUUUCAGCAUGAAAUUACGAUAAUUUCGCCCAUGUUUGGGACGAAAAUUACGGAGAUGGUAUAGGGGUUGAAGUGUAAAGAUAUGGUAAUUAAUGAUGGGGACCGAAAUUAAUGUAGCUGGUAGGGGUGGAUAUGGAAAAUGUCUGGGAGAAU